UAAACGAAAAGAAAAAACAAAAAUGUAACAAAUCUUGCGUGAGAGAUUUAUUAUUCUGCAAUUAUGGCUUGUCUCUAUAAUUGAGGAACAGGUUUCUUCCGUUUCCACUUCUUCGACUUGUAUAUAUAUAUAUAGAUGAGUGUUGACUAAUGUAAGUGAUGUCAUUGUGGUAUUGAGCACCACAUCCGCCGGCAAAUAAUUUUUCACUUUUCAUACAGAUACGAGUUUAUUCAGACACGUGAAAUCUUUAAAGACGUUAAUCGAGAUGUUUCGCGCACACGCGAGUUUACCGUAUUUUUGUAUACGAACUCUAAUUUCCUUUCUAGUGAUCGUGACACACAAUUCGUUGGCAUAUAAUAUUAAUUUACUCAAUGCUAAGAUAUUCAAGGAUCCUGUACACAGAUCGAAUGGACGUGGAAGUUACUUCGGAUUCUCGGUAGCUUUAUACGCGGGUGCAAAGGAAUCUUUGUUACUUGUCGGAGCUCCGCGAGCAAACUCUAGCGAACUGCCAUUCGUGACAGAACCGGGAACGGUCUUUAAGUGUACGAUGAAUGGUAUGUGCAGAGAAUGGGUAAUUGAUAGGACUGGGAACGGUCCACACCCUCGUAAGAAAUUGAUCAAUCAGAUAAAAAAUAAUGCUUGGAUCGGUGCGACUAUUGCCGUUCAGAACGAGACGGAGGCCAGAGUUAUGGUUUGUGGACCGCGAUGGAUAAAUAACAUCAUAAAUGACAACAAGCCUAAUUGGUACCUGAACGGCAUUUGCUACGCGACAUUGGCUAUCAACGCUAAUGCAUUUGAGAGAGAAGCGGAGGAGCUCCUGUUACCAAUUUCGGAUUUUAAUAGCCAAAUCACGUCCAAGAACAACAUAGGAAUUUACAACUACGGGGUGGGACAAGUUGGUUUCUCCUUGUACAUGAAUACGCGACACCGUGAUACCGUGAAUGUCGCAAUAGGCAGUCCAGGUGUACACAACUGGAAAGGCGAUGCGAUAUUAGCUGUCGCUUCGAUGAGUGGUCCAUUUGAUCACACGGUAAUUCCCUCAGUCGCUAGAGAGCAACAAAUUCAUAGCUUCAAUUAUUUCGGAUAUGCCAUCACAGCGGGUACUUACUUCAACGAGCAAGAUGUCUGGUACGCUUCCAGCGUACCAAAAACCGUGAAUAUGUACGGGAAGGUCUUUAUAUUUAUCUUUCCUCCUAAAAGUAAUCAGCGUAUGUUUAUCAAAACGGUAGUGUACAGUCAAAAUUACGGCGAGUUUUUUGGUGCCGCAUUAACAUCGUGCGAUGUCAAUAAUGAUCGCAAACAUGAAUUGAUCGUCGGUGCACCGCAAUGGUCCAGAGACAUGGACGAAGGUCGCGUCUACAUCUUUACAGUGCGGCAUAAAGACAAUUUCGAAGAACUGCAGACAAUCGAAGGUGAGGUCUUUGGAGGUAGAUUCGGAUCUACCGUGAUGUGCUUGGGUGACAUCGACUACGACGGCUACGGCGAUAUCGCCGUUGGUGCACCUUACGAGGAAGAGAGCGGCGGUGCGGUGUAUAUCUUCAAUGGAAACAAAAGAGGUAUUUCCCGGAAGUAUAGUCAGAGAGUGAUCGGCUCACGAUUUUCGCCAACGAUGCGGGGAUUUGGCAUCUCUAUCUCAGAACCUCGUGAUGUAAAUCGCGACAACUAUCCUGAUAUCGCUGUGGGUGCUUAUCUAUCCAGCGAAGUGGUUCUGCUGAGAUCCGUGCCGGUUAUCACGGUGAACAUAACAUUGGUGCAACUGCAAAAAAUCAAACUGCUGAGAAACACAACGUCCUUCAAGAUCGACAUGUGGAUGUCUUACGAAGGCGUAUACGUACCUGACAAUCUGCGAGUUACCGCGAUCCUGAAGAUCGAUUCAUUGCACGGCAGGGCCACGUACCGGAAGCAGAAGAGUAGCGAUGGAGCACAGACCUACAUACUGCGUUACACGCUAUUUAAAGCUACGAUCACGAGCGAUUUGCUUGAGCUACAUCUAAUGGAAAAUAUUCAAAAUCUAAUAGAUCCGCUUGAAAUAUCAGUGUCAAUACAAUUAGAAGAUGAUCUUUAUGCGAGAAAUGAAAACUCAUCUUGCGCAUCUUGCAUCGUGCUAAACAAGUUUCGUUCGAAGACUGAAGAUCUCAUAAAGUUACCGUUCGCCGUGGAUUGCGGCGAGGAUAAUGUAUGCGUGUCUGAUCUCGGCGUAGCGUUGUCUACUGACUUGGUUUCGGGUAACAGGUACAUCAUCGGUUCGACUCCGAUAAUUACUCUGCGCGUUGACGCUUACAAUCGCGGCGAACCAGCGUACCAGACUAAAGUGCGCAUCUUCACCGAGGUUUUAUCAUUAGCGAGUAUCCCACCCGAGUGUAUGGAAGACUCUGGCGUGAGCGGCAUGCUGGAUGUAAUCUGCGAGAUUGGUAACCCGUUUAGAACGAAUAAAACUUUAACGCUGCAAUUGGACAUGAGCACGAUGAGGUACGAUAUUAAGGAGGUGAAAUUACAAGUGAAUAUCAGCUCUCAAAGCGAGGAGGCAAAUUGGAAUGACAACAGUUACACUAUCACUGUAUACUUUGACGCAGACAUCGAUAUAGCGAUUGCCGGGAAGGCACAGGAAAACUUGUACUCGUAUCUGCGCGAGAAUGAGAAGAAACCGCUGAACAAUAUUAGGUUUCAACACUUUUACGAAGUGCAAAAAUUUGGCGUCAGUCCUAUUGAAGAAGCAGUAUUGACUGUGAAAAUUCCAAUACGUCUUCGCCGACACGAUACCGAAGACGUGGCGAUUGUCAGUAUCAAUGAUACUAUUGGCAAAAUGGACGGACAUCAAUUUUACUGCAGUGAUUCAAACGAAACUGAAAUAUUUUCUGUAGCGUCUAAAAAGAUUGCCAUGAACAAUGCAGUUAUGGUGAAUUCCACGAAUAAUAAAACGCACGAGAAAUUCAGCAUAGAAGAAAAUAUACCUAUGAACGUACCAUCUGAAAACAGAACAUUCUUCAUUAAUUGUACAAGUAAUGUGAUACAAUGCGUACAAAUCAGUUGCAGAUUGGGUCCGUUCAUAAGUUCUUUGUCUGUUGCGAAAUUUUUGGUAACAUUAGAUCUGCAGUUAUCGAAUUUUCCUGAUGAUGUGAUAAAGCACAAAGAUAUCAUAUUUUACGUGACGGAAGGUAGCAUUGUGAUAAAGCAACCUAACAAUAUUGCUCAAAGAGAAAAUCAUAAACAAGACGACAUUUUGGUUGCAACAACAUUUUUGGGUUCGCCAAUAGCUCAACGGAUAGCAAUUUGGAUAAUAGUGCUCUCGGUGAUCUUAGGAAUCAUAUUAUUGAUAUUGUUAAUAUUAGGUUUAAUAAAGAUUGGGUUCUUUAACAGAAAGAAGAAGUUGGAACUUGAAGCGUUGAAAGCCGAAGCUGAUAAAAAAUAUAAUGUGAUACUGGAAACAACAUCUUCGACGGAAGCUCUUGAUCACAAUUGAGUACACACAAUUAAUAUAGAACAUGUCAGAUUCUUAAUAUAUAUAAUAUAAAUGCAUUCCAUUUUAUAAUGUAUUUUAUUUUCUGAUAAAC